AGGCUAAUCAGUGCCUCUCUCCGCAGGAAACAAAGCAGUGCCUGGUUCCAAUUCAUGACCUGUACUGGUGUGAGAGAGUGCUGAUCUACGGGCAAGCAUAUAAAUGCAGGAGCCUUCUCGCUCAAGCGCCGCUGGCUCCAAGGCAUGACAGUUUAGUGCGUUUCUUCCCCCGAACGUGCAACCUUUCCCAAGGUCACAACUCGCCAGCAGCUCAGAUCUUUACUAAAGCAGCAACCUGCUCAUUUGUCACUUACCAUCCAGUCUGACAUGGCAACCCGGUGGGGAAUCUGUGGUGCGGGGAAGAUCAGCCAUGACUUCAGCGUGGCCAUGAAGACUCUGCCUCCUGGAGACCACCAGAUAGCAGUCAUUGCAUCGAGGAGCUUGGAGCGUGCCAAAGAGUUUGCCAAGAAGCAUGGUAUUCCUAAGGCUUACGGCAGCUAUGAGGAGCUGGCCAACAACCCAGACAUUGACAUUGUGUACCUGGGAGUGCUGCACACGGAGCACUGGCGAGUUGGUCUGCUGUUCCUCAAGGCAGGGAAGAACGUGCUGUGCGAGAAGCCUUUCGCCAUGAACUCCAGACAGGUUAAAGACCUCGUCGCCGCAGCCAAGAAACACAAUGUCUUCCUGAUGGAGGCCAUCUGGUCCCGCUGUUUCCCUGUGCACGCUGAGGUGCGCAGGCUUCUGGCAGAGGAGGCGGUGGGGGACGUGAAGCUGGUAAAGGCCUACUUCGGCUCCCCUCAGCUCCACAUCCCCCGCUCGGUGGAGAAGGAGCUUGGCGGCGGCGCGCUGCUGGACAUCGGUGUGUACUGUCUGCAGUUUGUGCUGAUGGUGUUCAACGGAGAGAGGCCAGAGUCCAUCCAGGCCACAGGGGUGCUGCUCGACUCAGGGGUGGAUGAGUCAGUGGUCGUGGCGAUGAAGUUCUCCAGGAACCGAAUGGCCUUCUGCGCCUUUUCGAUCUCGACUCGCCUCCCGAACGACGCCGUCAUCAGCGGCACCAAGGGCUCCAUUAAAGUUCUCGGCCCCAUGCACUGCCCCACCACGCUGGUGGUGAACGACAAGGAAACGGAGUAUCCUCUGCCUGAACCCAGCCUCCCUCUGAAUUUCACCAACAGCACCGGGCUUCGCUUUGAGGCGGAGGAAGUGAGGCAGUGCCUGCUUAAAGGACUUAAAGAGAGCCCACGGAUGCCUCUGGCGGACUCCGUCUUACUGACAGAGAUCAUGGAUGAAAUCAGGAAGCAGGUGGGAGUUGCCUUCAGCCAGGACAGCCAGUGACAUCACUCAAAAAGUCCCGGCUGCUUCACCUGACCUAAACCUACUCAGAUGGAACAAAAGGAGGGAGCUGCUCGAGGCAGGCUUUGGGUCUUUGGUAUAAGAAGAUCACUCAUGUCGCCGGGUGACAAAAGCCUGAGCAGACGCGGCGUCACUGAGGCAACUGUGAUUUGGAUGACACAGCGAGCUGCCACUGAAUUAAAGAUACAAUCGGCAAAUAAUUGAACAUAUCUCUUUUCUCUUCUUUUUUUUCCCAGACCUCUUUGUAAAAAUCUUUGCAAAAUUGUCAUUCAACAUCAGAGCCACCAUGUAAACACCUUGUAGGUCCUUGUAACACAGAGCACAAACACUGUCAGUGGGAAAAAAAAUAAAAUAAAAAGUGGUAGAAAACAAUCCAGAUAAAUCGCACAAUGUAAACAAAUAGAGCAACCAUGUGUAACCACCCUGUCAUCAAGUCCUGGGCCCUUUAAAGACAAACACAGCUGUCACCGUGCAGUGUGUGAUUGAUGAAUCCAAUAAAGGACUGAUUGUGAAA